AUAAUCGACCUUCUUGCGGAUUUGCGACUUUAGAGACCUGAAUAUUGCAAAAAAUUUAAUUACUUUUUUUGCAAUAUAAAAGAAUUCUUAACUGAUUCUGCGAUUUUUAUUAUUUUUAUCAAUAAAUUGUUUAUACAUGUGUCAUGUACUCCCGAUGUCGAGACGAGAGCCCGACACGGUGUGGCGUCAGUUUAGUUUACUUUUCGUUUUUACACGACACCGAUAAUCAUAAAUAACAAUAAAUGGCAAUAAAAAAAGGGAAAAGUGUGUUAGUGAGGCCUAUAUGCGAGCAAAAAUCAAUCUAGAUUGAUGAUUUUAAUGCAAAUAAUUUAAAAUUAUUGCUCGAGUAUGAUUAAAAUGUGAUCGGAAGUGAUGGGUUUUUCGUUAUUAAUCAAUUUGUUUUAAUAAAAAGCAAUAAAAAUUACCAUUAAAACCGAACGGGAGAAAUUUUUUUCGGGGAAAAGGCAUUAAAAGUCCAUCAAUUAGUGAUAAAUAAAUACAAUUACUGAAGCAAAAGAUUAAAAAAUAUUUUUUUUGGUGUUUCGUCAACAACAAAAUUGCAGUGUAAAAAGUGAAAUGUUAUGACCCGCAUUCAAUUAAAAUGUAAAUAAUUUUUUUUUGCGAUGAAACCUGUUACAGUUCGUGUCCAACCAAUUUUAUGGAGGAAAAAUCCCAUAAAAAACAUACAAAUUUGAGAGAAUUACAAAGACUGUAAUUAUUUAAAAAAUUGCAAAAAAAAAAGAAUAAUCUCUUAUUUAGUCUUUUUUGAUUGAAACCCGAUAAAAAUAAAACAAUAAAAAUUGAGGAGUGACUACUGAUACGAUUUUUUCGUGAAUUCAUCUCAAAAAAACAAAAAAAUCAUUAAUUAAUGUGGAUAAGGAAGAAUAAAGGCGGAGUCCGCCGAACCGAUCAAAUACAGUUUUUUGAUCUGGCUGCCAUCCGAAAAAUUCUCGAAAAUGAAACGGGCGGUUCGCUGUGCCCAAGUUGCCAAAUGCCAUUCGACAAAGGCAAGAAGAGGAAACUAAUUGACACUUGCGGACACGAACGCUGUUACUCGUGUAUGUUCCGUAAUGAAGCGUGUCCAAUCUGUCGUACCAACAAUGGUGGCUUGCAAUCCGGCGCAAUAACAACAACAACAACAACAAGCACAAAUAUGAAACAUGAUUACGAUACCGGCAUAGGAAGUACAACGACUUUGAUGAGUCCCAUCGGUUCACCGCAACCAGCUUGCAAGUCGCAUGUUAAAACGAACGGGCAUUUUUCGUCCUACAUGCAGAGUCGAAGUGAAAUGUCUUCCCCAUCGCCCGAAUUGGGAAAAUUAAAACGUCGUCCCGUCAAAGGAUCAAACGACAUGAUCAACGGAUCUCAUGGAUGUCUUCCAUCUCGAGGUUUAGCUGAGCUCACAUCUAAUGUCGCAACGCCUCCAACGCGUCGUCGAAUUUUCCUUCCGAAAAAUCUCCGUAAUCCCUUCAGCAUAAAACGUCACAUUGCCACAGUGCAUGACAAUUCGACACUUUCAGAUGACGAAGGCGGAAAUGUCAAGCCCGUUAAUCUUCAGAACAAAUCUCAAGCGUGUCAAGAUGAGCUUCAAGUGCGUUUGGGAUUUUUCUUGGAAAAUAAUCCGAGAAGGAAUAUGCGAGCGCCUGUGCAAUCCUGUAGUUCUCUUACGUCAGCGAAUACUAGUCCAAUUUCGACGUUGACGGGAUCUUCGGAAGCGGAUGUCUCGCGAGUUACACAAGAAUCGGGGCAAGGAUGCGAUUCAAUUGGAUCGUUGAUGUCGGUUUCGGUGUCGGAGCAGAGUAAUGCUUCGUCGAGUCCGUUGAGUAGGAGACAUUCUGUGACGACAUCCCAAGCAGGUCAAGUCGAGGAAUUAUCUCUCUUCAAAAACCGCAAAAUCCCCGCGCGCCGAUCCGCUCGUUCAGGACAAGUCAAAGGACCCAUCGACCCCCGCAUUCGUUUCGCCCAAUUUCGUCAACCGCAGAUCAACUUGAAGCCAAUUUUCUUCGAAGUUCCUUCGCAAGAAUCUGAUCCUUUGUUCAUCGGGCGUCAAUGGCUCAUUCGCGAACUCACAACAACAAUUGCUGCUCCCGAAGUAUCUGGAAUUCUGAUAAACGGCAAUUUAGGCACCGGAAAAACCGCAUUAAUGCUUCAACUCGUGGAUUACUCGUGUUUCGGACGACGUCGUGACAUCCCCGAUAUCCAAGAAAACGAUGGAAUUUACUGCCAAAUUAACGUCGCAAUCGAUCGAAUUCGCUUAUUGGCUUCGCAAGUCGUUGCUUAUCACUUUUGCCAAGCCGAGUACAACACAACGUGCUUUAUUCCGGAUUUUAUUCAUUCGGUAGCAGCUCAGCUGUGUCAAGCACCCGCUUUGGCGGCAUAUCACGAAUUUUUGCUGUCAGAAGCGCAUUUGCAGAAUGUAUUGACGAUGAAAGAAUGCAUCGCAGAUCCCGAUCGCGCGAUAAAACAAGGCAUUUUAGAACCCCUGGCAGCUUUAAGACGCAUUGGAAAGAUCCCCGCGAAGAAUUACAUCAUCCUGAUCGAUGCUUUGUGUGAAGCGGAAUACCAUAAACCGGAUCACGGCGACACAAUUGCCUCAUUUCUCGCCCGAAUUGUCGAACAUUUCCCUCCGUGGCUGAAAAUUAUCGCUUCCGUUCGCACCCAAAUGAUGGAAUUCACGAAAUGUUUGCCUUUUUCGAAGAUAAAUUUGGAUGCCUGGACCGCCAACGACUGUUUACAGAAAGAUAUGCUCGAUUAUAUCUCAUUUCGUGUCAACCACAGUCCCUCAAUUCAAGGAAAUGUCGGAAGCAGUUCGAAAGAUUCGAGUGUGGCUCAGUUGAAAUUCACCCAACAUCUGUUAAGUCUCACUAAAGGAUCAUUUUUGUUCGCAAAACUCACUUUAGACUUGAUCGAACGACGAAAUUUGGUCAUAAAAUCCACAAGUUAUAAGGUUUUGCCGGUUUCAUUGGCGCAAAUUUACUUGUUAAACUUUAAUUUGAGAUUCCCAUCGACCACGGCUUAUGACAAAGUGAUGCCAAUUUUGAGUGUUUGCUUGGCGGCGUUGUACCCGUUGACGUUAGUCGAGAUAUUUUACUCCGUCAAUGCCUUAUUGUGCGAAAUGCCUUUGGAAUGGGAGGAAUUUCUCGAUCGUUUCAAGACUUUGACGGGAUUUUUGAUCAAAAGGCUCGACAAUACUUACAUGUUUUUCCAUCCGUCGUUCAGGGAGUGGUUAAUUCGACGUGACGAAAGUGAAUCUACGAAAUUUUUGAUUGAUCUCCGAACGGGACAUGCUGCGAUUGCCUUUAGAUUGUGUCGUUUACAAAUUCCCCUCGAUCCGGAACAAACCUUGGAAUUGGGUCAUCACAUCUUGAAAGCUCAUUUAUAUCGAAAUGCGCCGCCAAAUCAGUCGCCGCGUGAUUUACAGGCUUUUUGGGUUGCCAAUGCCACGAAAUGUGCGUCAUCCGCUUUAUGCACUUUACGAAAUGUAUAUAACCCGAAUGUAAAAGUCUCGAGAUUGUUGCUUCUCGCAGGAGCUUCUCCUGAUUUUAUAACGCCUUUUUUGGGAAAUGCUCCAGUUUUGUGCAUCGCAGCCCAUGAAGGAGUUGUUUCCAUGGUAAAUUUGUUGCUCGAAUACGAAGCUGAUGUUCACAAAACCAACAGCCAAGGAUGCACUCCCUUAAUUUUCGCGGCGGCGAAGGGGCAUACCGACGUCGUUCGUCAACUCGUUGCUGCCGGAAGUGCCGUUGGGCAAGUUGACAUCACGCAACGUUCAGCUUUGGUUCAUGCCGCCACUUUUGGUCAUCUGAAAGUCGUGAAAUAUCUCAUAGCAUGCGAUUGGAAUACGCGGCAGAACUCGAAUGAUAUCACGUUGAAGGAAGCGGCGCAACAAGCUUGUAUCGUCGCUGCGGGUCAAGGUCAUACGGAAAUUGUCGAGGAGUUUUUGGAUAUGCCGGAAGUUGAAGUUGAUGCAGUUGGACAAAUUUCGGGAGAAACGGCGCUUACGAGUGCAGCGAUGAAUGGUAGAACAGAUACGUUGGCGGUUUUGCUCUCACGAGGUGCUGAUUGUGAUGUGAGAAAUAGGAAAGAACUGUCGGCGUUGUUGCUUGCAGUGAAAGAAGGUCAUUGGGGAAUUGUAGAAAGAUUGCUGCAAAAUUCGUGUAAUGUUGAGCAAACCGAUAUGAAUGGGAAAACUGCUUUGAUGAUCGCUGCGGAAGAAGGACAUGUUGGAAUUAUUGAGUUGCUGCUCUCGAGAGGAGCAACAUUGGACAAAAGUGACAACGACGGAUUAACAGCUCUCUGUUGGGCCUGCUUACGCGGCAAAUUACAAGCUGCCAAAAGACUUCUCGAAGAAAAAGCCGACAAACAACAUGCCGACAACACAGGAAGAACUCCUCUCGACUUGGCUGCGUAUCAAGGUUCAGCUGCUUUGGUGCAAUUAUUGAUCGACACGGGUGCCUUAAUUGAACAUGUCGACAUUAACGGCAUGAGACCCCUCGAUAGAGCAAUCGCAUGUCGAAAUGUUCAAGUUGUGCAAGUAUUUUUGAAACGCGGCGCUAAAUUGGGACCCGCAACAUGGGCAAUGGCAGCUGGAAAACCCGAAAUUAUGUUAAUUCUAUUGAACAAAUUACUCGAAGACGGCAACACCCUGUACCGCAAAAAUCGUUUGCAGGAAGCUUCACACCGCUAUCAAUAUGCUUUGAAGAAAAUUCCGGUACCUGAGCAGCAAGUUGAGAACGCUGGAACAUUCCAACAACUCAAAUUCAACUUUUUACUGAAUCUUUCAAGGUGUAAGCGUAAGAUGGAUGACGCUACUGAAGCCAUUGACUUAGCGACGCAAGCAAUCGAGCUCAAACCAAACAGCUACGACGGAUAUUACGCUCGUGCCAAAGCUCUCUUGGAAGUUAACAACACCGCGGAUGCCUUAAAAGACGCCAAACACGCGCUGGAACGCUCCAAAAAUCAAUCAAUCGAAAUCAAAGACGCCCUGAUUCGUUUGCACGAAGACUUGAGUAAACGAAAUCUCGAACGAAAUGCCAUUUAUACCGAAUUGACAGAUUUAUAAAGUACUAAAAUUGAAUUACAACGAGAAAAAAAAGUUUUCUUGUCUGUAUUUUAGACGUUGUAGAUAAAUUUUUGUCUUAAGUUUUGUUUUUAGUGAAAUUUGUGAUUAAAAGUAAUUUUUUAUUUGAAAGUUAGGAUGCUUGUGGGAAUAGGAUAAAUAUUUAAUUAAGAGAAAAUAACUUAUUUGAUGCAUUUUAAAUGCAAAGUACUUAUGUUUUAGCAGUAAAAGUUACUUUUUACCUGAUUUUCUAUUCUGAUUGCGUAAAAGUUUGAACCAACUCGAAGUUUGACUUUGUAAUUAACGCACAUCUCGAUGCAAAAUGCCACAUUUUGCGUCUUUUGUUUAUUUCAAACAAACACUUGAAUUUCUUGUAAAAACAAACUUCACCUGCUUUCCUCUGAAAUUUUAUUAAAAACUUGCCUAAGAGUUUUAAAAGAAUGAAAAACCAUUAAAAUAAUAAUAUUAUUAUGCGAAAAAUCUCUUGUACAAUACGUUACACGUAAAUUCAUCUAAAAAUAUUAUUUAUUGUUCAGGUAACGCGCAGAGAACACAUGUAUACAAAAAAGUUUUCCAAAAACUUUACAAACUCAUGUGGAAUAUAUCUUUUAUAUUGUAUUAAAAAUAUUAUUCAGAUAGUUUUAAACAAAAAAAUGUAAAAAUUUUAUUUUUAGUUCUUACCUUCUUUUUAAACA